AAAAUAUAUAAGGAAGGCCUCUCUACUCUUCCUUUUUCGCCGUGAAUCUUUGAAACAGAUACACGUGUUUUCUUGAAUGUGAAAUUCCUCAUUUCCAUCAAAAAGUAAUAAAAGUUUUCCAUAAACAAAAGUAAUAAAAGUAAUAAAAGUUCUCCAUAAACAUGAUAUAUCUCAAGAAAUAUAAAUAUUCUUAAACACACAGGUGCUAAAUAAGAAUAUUAUCAGCAAGUUAAUUAAAACGCACAUCUGCUCGUGGGAACAAAAAUGAAUUCUACAAAUCAACCAAUUCUACAAAACAAUCAAUCCGAUUUCAACAAAGUCCUCCAAAGCGUUUCUUUAGGAAGCGAACGACUAGAGGAAUUCAACUCAAGAACGGACUCGACCGAAAACUCUCCUAAAGUCCGAGUUAGAUACAGCGGAGCAGCCAGGCGACGCUACAAAAAAGAAAAAUUUCAGAGGGAGAAGGAGUCUGCCAAAGCCCAAAUUUGUCCUAUUGAAGUUGUGCCAAAUUCUGAAACUGGAGAAGGUGAGGUUCCAGCUGUAACAUCUAAACGUGCUUGGCCGGAGCUCAGUACCCCCAGCCCCACUAACAUUCAGGACAAACGACCCAAGAUCUCAUAUCAAGAAUCCUAUGCGCCUAAAGAUUCUGUCAAGCUAGAUCUCCCUUUAGAGCGCUAUCCUGACAAAAGUGAGGCUCCAGCUGUAACAUCUAAACGUGCUUGGUCGGAGCUCAGUACUCCCAGCCCCACUGACAUUCAGGGCAAACGACCCAAGAUCUCCGAUCAAGAAUCCUAUGCGCCUAAAGGUUUUGUCACGCUAGCUCUCACUUUAGAGGGCUAUCCUGACAAAAGACUAGGAGUUGGAGAAUGUAGCAUAAUCAGGAAACUAAUCAGGGAGCGUAUCCUCGAGCUUUCCGAAGAUACAAAAGCCCCCACAUUCUCCGGCUCCUGGGAGAGAGAUGGUGCUUUAGUGUUUACUUGCGUCGAUGAGCAAUCUGGGGACUGGCUCAAAAACCUUUCCUCCGACUUAAAAUUGGGAGAAAAUUCCCUAUGUGUGCUGUCAGUUGAUGAGCUGCCAAAGCGUCAUCGAGUGAUGGUGCAUGUGGAAGAAUCAGACGUGUCUGCUGAGGAGGCCUUGAAGCUCCUCGGCAAACAAAAUACGGGUCUGGCGACCAAUGAUUGGAUCGUCAUCAAGGAGAGCGAAAGUAGGGAUGCUACGAACACCCACUUCGCCUGUCUGAUUAGGGAUCCAUCAUUGGAAACCCUGAAGGCCUGCAAUUUUAAACCUUUCUGCGGUCUUGGACAGGCAACCGUAAGAUUGCUGGAAAAAGAGCGCAAAAAGGAUUUUCAAUCUAUUAAGGUGACUAUUAAGGAGGAGGUUAUCUAAUUAUGGCAGUCUCUGUAAUCCCUUUUAUUUAAAUUUACUUACAUCACAGCAAAGACGCCUCGACUAUUCUUGCCAGGAGCAUCCCUGCGUUGCACACGCAUUGCUAUUAUUCAGAAACCAUGGCUGUUAAAUAAUGGUUAAAGGUUCGAGCGGCUGUGGAAUCAUUUUCAAAGUCUGUUCAAACUGCAAACUGAAAACUUUCAUUGCGGUUACAGGUUUUAAUGCUAUUUUCCCAGCUCAAUUAUGAGGAUGGAACUAUUCAUAGGAUUGACUUACAUACCCUAUGAUUCCUGCGAUCUAUCAUCUCAGGGGAAGGAAAUUAAAAAUCUGAUCGAACUUACGUUGAAGAAAAAAGGUUCAACUUCUCUUGCGACGUAAACUCCCAUCAUAUUGAUUGGGGGAACUCAGAUAUCUGUCCGAGAGGAGAAAGCCUGACAUGACUUCAUCUUGGGAUUUAUCAUCCUCAACAGAAACACGGAACUUUCCUAGACGCUAGAAGACAUUACGAUUUGUACUAAGGACGUGUUUAACCUGAUUGGAGGGUCUUAGAUGAACCUUCAGCAUCUGAUCAUAGGCAGAUACGUCUUACUCUCCUUAUCAACCCUGUUCAUGUGAAGGCGAAACCCCAAGAAGAUGGAUUGGGAUAGAUUGGAUUUGAAGACCAGAUUAGCCGUUGUCUCGACCAAAUUCCAUACCAGGGAUUCCAUGCCAAAAUGGAUACAUUGACAACCGGCAACUGUGAGCGGAGGAGGUAACAGACAUGUGAGUGUAAGCGUAUGUGCUUAGCGCUUCAUUCGUAUAAUGUUAGCCGACGAUUAACUCAAUUUUUAAAAAAUAAAAUAUGAAAUCGUUCGUAUUUAAUUUAUAGAUUAUUGUAUUACAAUCAUUUUUGUUUAUUAGUUUAUAAUUAAUUUUUAAUCAAUUAUUUAAUUAUAAACCAUGAAACUAGCCGACAUAUAUUAUAAAA